AUGUCUGGACCACAAGGUUCAAGUGCUAGUGUUGUUCAACCAGUGUUUCAACAACCUAGACCUGUAUAUCCUGCAGUGUCUGGGCAGGCACAGAACCAGAAUGUGUUUAAUGGACAACGUGGAAGAGGAUAUGGUUUUGGUAAUCGUGGUGGAGGAAGGACCACAGGCGAACGAGGAUCUGGAGCAACCGCUAGCGGAGGGCAGGCUAGAGUUUUUGCGAUCAAUCCUCAGGAGGCGAAUACGUCGAACGCGGUAGUGCAAGUUGCUACACCUGUAGGCGAAAGCAUAGACGUUACUGUAGUAUAUCCGUCGUGUCCUGUGUUAAUUGGAGAGCGAGAAUUGCUUGCGGAUUUGUUGUUGCUUAAUGUUUUAGAAUUCGACGUCAUCCAAGGAAUGGAUUGGUUGUCGCAACAUUAUGCAAAUGUGGAUUGUAGAGAGAAGAUAGUGACGUUCCAUGCACCUGGAACUGAACUUAUCUCUAUUCGGGGAGAGAAGUUGGAAACCCCAAAGAGUUUAGUCUCGGCUUUGAAAGCGAGAAAGAUGUUAAGUAAAGGAUGUCAAAGAUUUUUAGCUCUGGUACGAGAUAUUCAGAAGGAAAUUGGAAAUGUGAAUGAUGUACCAGUAGUGUCGGAGUAUUCUGAUGUAGGAGGACCAUGCGCAACACUUAAGGAUUGUGUUACAAACUUUGAGAGAUCAUCAGCUUUAUGCCAAAUUCUCGAAGUGCCAAGUUUAGUGACAGAAAUUCGUAGUUUCUUGGGUUUAGCUGGUUAUUAUAGACGGUUUGUGCAAGACUUUUCUAAGUUGUCUGCACCAUUAACUAAGUUGACUCAGAAGAAUGCGAAGUUCAUUUGGAAUGAUCAAUGUGAAGUGAGUUUCCAGAAGCUGAAGGAGUGUUUGACAACAGCUCCAGUUCUGGCAUUACCUUCUGGUAGUGAUGGACUUACAGUCUAUUGUGAUGCUUCUAGGAUCGGGUUAGGAUGUAGAGAGUUGAAUCUCAGGCAUAUGAGGUGGAUGGAGUUGCUAAAGGAUUAUGACUGUACGAUACAGUAUCAUCCCGGCAAAGCUAACGUAGUGGCUGAUGCGUUGAGCAGAAAAUCAGCAGGAAGUUUAGCUCAUGUUACUUUAGUUGAGAAGAGACCAAUGAUUAGAGAAGUGCAUUCGUUGUUUGAUCAAGGAGUUCAAUUAGAGGUUUCGUAUUUGGGGAGUUUGUUAGCUCAAAUGACGAUUAAACCUACAUUGAAUGAUCAGAUUAAGGAACUUCAGACAACGGAUCCUCAACUAAAGCAUGUUAUUGCAGAAGUUCAAAAUGGAAUGAACUCUGAAUAUAAUAUCAAAGAUGGUAUUCUGAAAUUUGGUACUAGGGUGUGCGUACCAAAUGUAGAGGAAUUGAAACAGAGAAUUAUGAUGGAGGCACAUGGAUCUAAGUAUAGUGUUCAUCCUGGUUCUACCAAGAUGUAUCACGAUGUUAAGCAGAUGUAUUGGUGGAAUGGUAUGAAAAGAGAUAUAGCAGAAUUUGUUGCUAAGUGUCCGAUAUGCCAACAAGUUACCUAUACAGCAGCAAAAUUGGCACAGAUUUAUAUUGACAAAGUAGUCAGUUUACAUGGAGUUCCUGUGUCAAUUGUGUCAGAUCGAGGAUCAGUUUUUACAUCCCGAUUUUGGCAAAGUCUGCAAGAGGCUUUAGGAACGCGUUUAGAUUUCAGUACGGCGUUUCAUCCCCAAACAGAUGGGCAGUCUGAAAGGACCAUCCAGACUUUGGAGGAUAUGUUAAGAAUGUGCGUUUUAGAUUUCGGAGGCCAUUGGGAUGAGUAUCUACCGUUAGUAGAGUUCUCAUAUAAUAAUAGUUAUCAUUCCAGUAUUGAGAUGGCACCGUAUGAGGCGUUGUAUGGACGUAAGUGUAGAUCUCCAAUUUGUUGGGAGGAAGUUGGAGAAAGAAAGUUAACAGGAGCUGAAAUAGUACAGAUUACGUCUGAGAAAAAAGGAAAGCUAGCGCCGAGAUAUGCAGGGCCUUACGAGGUUAUUGAGCGGAUAGGAACGGUAGCUUAUAAGUUAGCAUUACCGUCUGAGAUGUCGCAAGUACAUCCAGUGUUUCACGUGUCGAUGCUUAGGAAGUAUAUUCCUGACCCUCAUAGACUUAUUCAACCUCAAGAGGUUGAGAUAGACGAGGAGCUAUCUUAUGAGGAAGAACCCGUAGAAAUUGUGGAUACCCAGAUUAGGAAACUCCGUAGUAAGGAGAUACCUAUGGUAAAAGUGCUCUGGAGGAGCCGUACAAUUGAGGAAUGUACGUGGGAAACAGAGGCGGAUAUGCGGAAACGAUAUCCCCACUUGUUUGCUCAAGGUAAUAGUUUGUUUUGA